CGCUGGUUUUAGACGCAGCCGCGCCGUCAGUGAGUUUUUGUUCAAACAAGCCGAUCGGACUCCAUUCAUCCGUCGGUGGUCCGGUUUCAGCUCCGGUAGACAGCAUGGACGGUACCGUUAUUCAUCCUCCCCCCACUGGCCCUCCGGCAAACAUGUUUGGCAUUGUGCCCGGGUACGAAGGCACCGCGGCAGGAGGAGGAGGCUACGUGCUUCCUCCUGUUCCCUUACAGCCUGUAGCCCCGCCUCAGCCUGGCCCCGCCCAAGAAGAAUGGAGCAUCCCGUCUCUGUCGGAGGACAUAGCUCGUGAGGCCUUCAAGAGUUUUGUGUCAUCUCACUGCUGCUGGAACAAGGAUCCUGCAAAUGAUGGAGUGAUCACCAACAUGGAGCCUUUCAACACCUACAGAUACCGGCUGGAGACUUUCACAGAGUCCAGGUCAACUGAGUGGGCCCACAAACCACAUGAAGGUGAAACAGCUGACUUCUACAUCCAACCUGCCCCACGACCAUGGGAGAUCCAGGCCACACCCCCCACCCUUUUCACCAAUCACAAAGAAGAAAUCCGUGUGCCUUACACCUCCUCCGUUAAGGAAUGUCACACCUGUCGCGCCAGCGGGACGAAGCCGUGUGCAGAGUGUAAUGGAAGUGGGCACAAAGCCUGCUGGGUGUGUAGCGGCUCUGGGAAAAGAGGUGAGGAGAACUGCAAUCGCUGUAACUCUACUGGCAAAGACAGAUGUGAUGCAUGUGCUGGUCGUGGAACCAAAGACUGUGACACCUGCAAAGGAAAACGGAACCUGCUGACCUUCAUCCAGCUGAAAGUGGAGUGGACCAACAAUGUGCAGGACGAUGUGACGUACCAGAAUUCUGGUCUGAAGGAAGAUCAGCUUCAGUCAGUGCAUGGGAAGGAACUGUUCACCAACUCCCAGAUCCUGGGUUAUCCUUUGGUGGGUUUUCCAAACCCGGCCAUCUCUGAGGCCUCAUCGCGUCUUGUACGAGAACACCAAAGCAAGUAUGCUCAGAGCUCCAGGAUCCUGCAGCAGAGACAGACGGUUGAGUUAAUUCCGAUCACUAAGGUCAACUAUAAGUGGAAAGGAAACUCUCACGUCUACUUCGUCUUUGGCAUCGAGAACUGUGUCAGCGUCCAGAAUUAUCCUGAGACCUGCUGCUGUGUCAUCCUGUAGACACGCCCACAGACGACACCUGUGUCUGCUACGGAUGUGACACGCCCACAAAGUGAUAUGUAACCUGUGCUGCCAUGUUGUGAGGGAGUCACCAUAGCAACACGUCUACACAUUGUGUGUCUAUAACACACUCUCAGCUGAAGAAUCACAACAGAAAGUCAUGGUUAGAAACACAAAAUACAUUUUUAAAGUGUUGCUGAUUAAACCUCAUUUGGUGAAAGAACUAAUUUACAUGAAACUGAACAGUAGUUUCUUAAUGGGGGUUAAAAAAAAAAACAUUUUUCAAUAAAAUUCCAA